ACCAUAUCCACCCACAAUAUGCCCCCCUCCACCCCCCCCGAAUCGCACUGGCAAUUCUCCAUCGUCCCCGGCCUUUUCCAACAAAGCGACCCGUCCACCGACGCCAGCACCUUCGACUACGCCUCCUCGAACUUCGGCCUCAUCCCCCGCGCCUACCCCACAGACUCAGACUCACACUCCGAUUCCGGCCUCCCCACAUCUAGUACUGCUACUACUACCACCACAGCCACGAGCUCGAACUGGGAACGCUUCGCGCACCACAUCCACUCCCUCAACGCCACCUCCGACCCGGAUACCUGCUACAAGGUUCUUUUCCUUGGUCGCCACGGCGAGGGUUACCAUAAUGUUGCGGAACGGAAGUAUGGGACGAAGUUGUGGGAUGCGCACUACUCCCUCCUCCCCUCCGACCCCACCAGCAACGACAUCUGGCACGACGCGCACCUCACCGCGCUCGGCAAAUCCCAGGCCCUGACGGCCCACGCAACAUGGAAAGCGCAGCUCGCGCACCGCAUCCCCACCCCGGAGUCGUUCUACGUGAGUCCGCUGAACCGGUGUCUCGAGACCGCGAGUCUCACUUUCUCGGGACUGGGCGUCGAGGGCACGCGGCCGUUUAGGCCGGUUGUUAAAGAGCUCCUCCGCGAAACCAUCGGCCUCCACACCUGCGACAGCCGGUCGAGCAAAAGCGCCAUCGCAGCCGAAUACCCCGCAUACAUCAUCGAGGAGGGCUUCGCGGAGGAAGACGAGCUGUACAGCGCCACGCUGCGGGAGAGCAACUCCGCGCGGGACAAGCGGUUCCGCGAUCUGCUGCAGGACGUGUUCGAGCACGACGCGAAGGUGUUCUUGUCGUUGACGGCGCAUUCGGGCGCCAUUACGAGCUUGUUGAAUGUGCUGGGCCAUAGACGGUUUGAUUUGGAGACCGGCGGUGUGAUUCCCGUUGUUGUCAGGGGGAAGAGGGUGGAGGGUCCGCUGGGGGAGAUGAGGGUGGAGGGGUGGUUUGGGGUUCCUAGUCUCUAG